UUGUCCCAUAUCUGUUGUGAAUCCCGCAAUUUACACGGUUCAGAUUGAGUUAAAUGUAUACCACAUGUACAGUGGAAAUGCACGUGCGUAUAGAUGAUGAUACCUCACCCGUCGUAUCAAAUAGCUCUUCACCUCGGUGCACUUACUCCAUUUUCCCCGUGAAAUAAAAAUACACACAACCCAAAUCCCAAGCCUUGUAAACUGCGACUGCACCAAUCUCGCAGCUCAAACCCGGUUUCUCUUAUCCAAAACCACUCUUAAAAACCACUUGGAUCCACCAAUACCGCCGGGAAUCCUGUGGGAAAACCACUAUAAAUCGAAGCCCUUGACAACCCACUUCAACAUAUCUUCUCAGUUGACUCUGUAGAAAAGAAGAAAAAUGGCUUUUUCUCGUGCGUCGUUCAUCAAUGGUCUUUUGGCCCUUCAAAUAUGUGUGGUUUUGAUGGUCGGAUCUUUGGAUUCCACUACCUCUUUCGGGCCUGUUACUUGGACCAAGCCCACGCCGCCCACGCCACCUCCGCCACCCAUGCCACCCAAGCAUCAGAUCGCCGUUGAAGGGGUGGUGCUUUGCAACUCAUGCAACUUUAGAAAGAUGGACCCAAUUCCUGAAGCGGUGGUGAGGCUACAGUGCCACACCAGGAGGCAUCCGACUGUAGUGGAGGGCAAAACCGACAAAAAUGGGUAUUUCUUCAUUCAACCACCAAAGGAGGUUACCACAUUCAGUGCAGACAGGUGCAAGGUUUUCUUAAUAUCGUCCCCAUGGGCGUACUGCAAGCUGCCGACCGACCUUAAUGGUGGAGUGAGUGGGGCCAGCUUGUCUUUCAGGACCAAACUGUCGGGCCCCUACCCUUUAGCCCUCUAUUCUGUUGGGCCACUGGCUUUUGCUUCCAACAAGACCUCUUGUCCCCAUUGAUCACCUUGAGAGGGAGAGGGAGAGAGAGUGUUGUGUGUGUUUUACUGAAUAAUGUUUAGAGCAGUUUGAUGAUAAUGGAAUUUGUUAGGAUUGACUGUGUUUGGAUACCAGCACUUGAAUUCGAUUUUGGAAAGAACUUUUAUCACACGGGUUUUCCAUUUGGACAAGUGGAGCCCAUGUUUGAGUGAUCCAGAUCAUGCCUUGAAAAUCUCCCCAAUUGGAAAUUCCUAUUCAAGAAUAUUUUCCCUUAUUUUGAAUGUGAAAUGUAGUUGUAUUUCUCUUCUUGAUAGUCAGUAAAGAACAGGUUACGAUUUUCC